AUGGUGGGGUACUGAUGACAGGCCAGGCUCAGCUACAUCUGCUACUCACAGAUCUGUGCAAAAGGUGUCAAGGACACCCUGAAGACUGAAUUCAAAGCCAAUGCUGAGAAGUCUUUUCACCACAACAUGACGAUUGUGAAAGUG